ACAGACAGACGAACUUUGAUUGACAUUUCAAUUAAAUUAUAGCCAAAGUCAUUGGGAUUCAGAUUCGGUUGUCACUAGCAUGUUUCGAGUGCAGAAACUUUUGGUCUUCGAAUUCGAAGCGAUCUACGAGCCAGUGUUGGUGGAGGGGCCCAUUGUCUUGGUGGAUGCGCAGGGAAAUGGUUUGCGCCAGUAUCACAUGGCCCUAACUAGUCAAAACGUGGUCUUUAGCUGUGACAAUUUCUUUAAGAACUCAACCAGAAGGGGGGACUCUGAUGAGCCAUCCUGGGAGGGACGUGGCCAAGACCCGGAGAUCGAGUGCUUGGAACUAGUGAGUUUGGUGCCAUUGGAAUGCUUACGAUUCAAUUUCUACCGCAGAGGCGAUCGGUGUCUUAUGAUGCUUAGUGCGCAUCAGGCUCAUCAGCACUUGAACGUGAAGGCACCUAUGAUCUUUGAGUUCGGUGGCCACAAUUUCAAGCACCACUUCUGGUACACAUGGCGUGAGCGAGUGGCCUCCAUUCGGGUAGUACAGCCACGCUAUAAUGAGAUCACCGGCUCCUCGCCCUUCUCCAGCAGCGACGUUCAGCUAGAAGAUGAAUUAACCGUGGAAGUCCAGGUGCAUCCGAGGCCAACUCGUUCGCCCUCCGGCUUGUUUACGAGGUGCUACAAUUCUUCGGGGGAGGGCUUCUAGAUGUCUGAAUGUGUGUGGCCAUCCCCACUUCGUUAAGCAGCUUUCAGUUGGCCCGAAAAGUUUCCUUUUUACCGCAGAUUGAUUGAUGCAAAGUUAUUUCUUCUGAAAACUUGUUGCCAAACUUUAUUCUCGUGCAGCUUGAAAGUCUUGUAUAUCUUCUUAUUUAUUUAUAUUAAAAAGUAAACUCUCAUAAC